UUCAAAAGAUUAAAAAAAAAGUUAUCCAAAUUUUUUGAUCAUUUACUUGAAGAAUUGAAAAUGAAGUGGUGUAGACUAGCCAUUCUGAUUUAUCCCUCACUUCUUUACAUGAUGCAUUGUAUUGAAUCCAAACCAAUAGCCACUUAUUUCCUGAACAAACAUUAUGACUUAAGGACAAGCUUCUGCUUCUUCUGCAAUGAUCAUGAAUGUGUUAAGACUGUCAAUGGAGUUUACCCAUUUUCAAAAACAAUGACAGUUUGUAUGAGGUCAUUUCCCAUGAUCUAUGAAAAUCCUGUGCAGAAAUGGUCCAUCACUGUAUCAUUUGGAACUUUAAAUGAAGACGAAAAAGACUUUGAGGUACCUAAUUAA